AUGGAAGCACCAACGGACAUGGAUUCUCCGAGGGCAGGUGUUCACGACAAUUUCUGUGGAUGGAAAACAGAACGAAAGCUCGAGGGUCAAGGAUCCCAUGCCUGGCAUAUACUUCGAGUUCGUACAACCCAAUACACUUUGCCAAACGUUUAUGAUGGAGAGUGGAAAAACGGCGUGCGUCAUGGAUUUGGAGUUUUCCACUACCCAAACGGAUCCAAGUAUGCGGGUUAUUGGAAGGACAACAUGAAGCACGGAAAAAGGAAACUACUCACAAGGUUGCUGAAAACUCUUCGACAGCCCACGACCGAUUUCGCCCUUCUCGGGGCUCAUCAGGUAGGCGCAGUCCCCCUAGUUUCCGUCAACCUUAUGUUCUACUUGAACCCAUAUUGGACUGUUUUCGAGAAAUACAAUCAUUUGCGAAUCGUUUAUGGUAUUCUACAACUGAAUGGCAACCUCAUCCUAAAGGACGGCAGAGUGUUUGAAAGAGUGUUCAAAGAGGACUGUUUGAUUGGACAACCGGAUGACCCAGUAGUUCACGAUAUGGGGCAACCAGGGCUGGAGAGGUUGGACACACGUUUGCCUUUGUUCCCAGAGAUCACUUCUGGUGUACCGCCGGUGGAGUCCAUGUUAAGCAAUACGUCGGACAGCAAUCUCUUGGAAUACUAUAUCCGGCCACAUCUUGCCAGUGAACACGACACUACUCAAGAACUAAAAGCAAUGCAAAAUUGCAUAACAACUCAUGUGGCCGCGCUGAGAUGCAUCUACCAGUUCUAUGGUCGGCUCGGUUUGGACGAAAUGCCAGACAACACAAUUGUAUUGAAACACUUUCAGUUUUGCCAGCUUCUCAAAGACUGUCGGUUGCACCAGCACACCAGCUUGGCUGAAAUUGACAGAAUCAUCGGUAAGAUUUAUCCCUUCACAACGGAAGAAGCGGACAAUGUUCGAUGGCCAGAUAGUCUGAUUUCAUUUUGUGCAUUCGUCAACAUCCUCGCCAUUUUGGCCUGCAAUUUGUGCUCACAAGUGCAGCUUUUCCAGCAUAGAGGGAGGAUCGAAAGAGGCAAACCAAGUGAUGGACUGGCUUUUCUUCUGACUCAAGUGGUACUGCGGAGCGCAUGCAACAUAAGCGGACCCCUCUAUGAAGACAAGCAGAAAACGCAAGAAAUAUUUGCGUUCAGGGAACCAACAUUUCACAUCUAUCAAUUUCUCAGCCAGUUUUAUAGCAAGGACUACCAGCUUUUGGACGCGAAGUUGACUACAAAGGACGUUGUGGAGCUACUUUGCGCUAGCAACCCCGCAGCAGGUCCUCCGACCGAAUGUAAUCUCGAGGUUGAACUAACGUUCUUCGACUUCUUCGAGGCGCUGGUUCAGUGUGCUACUCACACGCGAGCAGAAGAGCCUCCUACAGAACAACCUCCAGAAGUUAAUGAAGAGAUAGAGCCCACAGAGGCUGUUCCAAAAGAUGAGGGCACAUCAGCUCAAAAGGGUAAGACAUUUAACGGCACACAGAAAAUUUCCCUUCGAUACCUUCUUCCGAUGUUCACUUGCCGUGCGGAUACCACUUCAGUGAGGGACUUGAAACUUGAGGGAUGUUUGAUAUGCACGUCGGUAGAUGGGUUUGAUCGCCACACUAAGUGA